UUAUUUUAUUUGCACACUGAAUAUGCUCUAUGAAUAUUGUCUACAGGUUAUCCACAAUCAAAGUGAUAGCUUUCUGGCUUGCUUUGAUUAUUAAAUCUAUAUGCUUCAUUGUUUUUAAAUGUACUCAUUAUGUGAUAGCCUCACAGAUUAGUGUUAUUGAUGCAAAAUUCAGUCAAUGCUUCUUAUCUGACCAAAGUUGAUAAGAAAAGCUAUAGAUCGUAUCUCUGUUGGAUCCUUCUUGCAAGCUGAAUGUCUGGGUUUCGAUCACCUAGAUCUUGAGGUACAUCAGGUGUCUAGUCGCUUAUCAUGAGGUUCAAGAAUACCUUAAACUAAAACAAAAUGUAAUUUUUUGCAUCAUCAUAGCCUUGAUUCUAGUAUUGGUUGAGAAUUCAUAUUAAUGAAUUUGAAUAUUUUGUACUCUAGAAGUGUAUGCACUACUGAGUGUGUCCCAUCUGGAUAGAGACAUUUGGAGAGAAGAAGUUGUAGUUGGAAAUGUAUUCCAUUCUCCCAAGAGUCCAAUUUUUUAUAAAAGCUAUUCAUAUUGAUAUCUGUAAAAUCUUUGAUAUCUCAGAGUUGUUUGAGGAUUUCUUUGUAUAAUUUAGUCUUGCUGGAAGCAAUCCCCAGACCAACUCCUUAAGAGGUAAGGUCGACUCAAUUGUAUUAAUUAGU